AUGAAAGUAUACAGAAUUGAAGAAGGAACUUUCAAAACAUCGACAAGAGAAAGAAAGCUACGUACUGCUAAUAAGAUGCCUGGAAUACGUUUACUCAUCACAUCUAUUAUCUCUGUACUAACUGGAGGAUUUCAUUUCGGUUUUCAAGUCUCAAUUAUUAAUCCCAUGGCAGAUGUCUUGCAAAUGUUUCUGAUGAAGAAUUUCAAUAGUCGAUAUCAAAUGUAUCUUAGUGAAUCGGGCCAAGCUCUAAUUUGGUCAGCCGUUGCUGGAAGUCUUUUCAUCGGAGCAGCUUUUGGAGCAUGUUUCAUGUCAUUUUUUGUAGAAAAAUAUGGGCCCAAGAAAAGUCUCCUGCUAUCAGCUACAAUACUGCUCAUUGGUGCACCUAUGUCUGGGUUAGCUCAUUCAUUUGAAUCAGCUGAAAUUUUUAUAAUUGGAAGAUUAAUUUGUGGAAUUGGAGUCGGUAUGGGAACAACUGCUCACGGAAUAUUUCUGACAGAAAUAAGCCCCGUAUGUCAUCGAGGAAUUAUUGGAAGCAUUGGGGGAUUCUCUACAAACAUUGGUUUUAUUAUGGCUGGAGGAUUGGGAAUACCGUUAGCAUUAGGCACAGAUGAUAAAUGGCCAUUGCCAUACUACCUAGAGUCAAUUCCGUGCCUCAUUGCCAUGACAGCAAUUGUUUUCUGGUUUUACGAUAGCCCAGUAUAUCUGUUGAAAACAGGAAAUAUUGCGGCAGCUCAAGCAGCAUGUCAUGCAUAUUCUGGUAAUGAUGAAGAUUCUCUGGAAAAAAUACAAUUAGAAUUGAAAAAUCAGCAACAAGUUGACACAUUCAGAGGAAUCAUCGGAACUGCAUCGACUCGAAAUGCUCUCCUUCUGUCAGCAACUCUUAACGUUGUCGUUUCCUUCAGUGGAAUAAUGGCUGUGAGCUUCUUCGGAACGUUCCUCCUGCAAUCUAUUGGUUUCACUGAAACUUCAGCUUCUCUAGCUAAUUGCCUGAGUGCUCUGUCUGGAACGCUAGGAGCUGUGAUAGGAACACUUUAUGUGGAAAAAAUUGGCCGCCGAAUCUUAGUCUUAGGAUCCUUGUUGCUGCUGGCUGGUGUGAACACAUGCAUGAUGUUCUUCGUUUAUUUAUUUAACACAACCCAUAAAUUAUGGAUUGGCUGGGCUUUUCUUAUCCUUUUUAUUCUUUUCCUUUUCCUCUUCAGUGCCGGAAUCGGUCCAACAGCAUGGUUUUUGGGAGCUGAACUAGCGCCGGCAGCAGCCCGUGCCAAAGUUCAAUCAUUCAGCUUAGCAGCACAAUAUAUUUGUUGUUUUAUAUCUCCGAUGAUAUAUUAUCCUUUGUACAGCGUGAUUGGGCCGCUAGCCUUUUUGGCAUUUAUUGUGCCGUUGACAUCGAGUGCAAUCUACUUCUACAAUUGUUUACCAGAAACAAAAGGGAAAACAAGUGAAGAGAUUUCAGAAUUAUUGCAAUAA